UGGGCGGAGCUGGAGGUGGCCAAGGGCAAAAUGAGUGGGCUCCUGGGCACCGGGACCUGCUCCAGCCCAGGAGAGGCCUCCGACCUCAAGUUCCCACUGGGCGCCAAGCUCAGGGAACCUCUCACCCAGGCGCGGUUCCAGCAGCUCUUCGGGGGCGCAGAGCAGGCGCAGGAGCCACUGGCAGAGUCCCGCUGGUCCGGGCUGUGCGGAAGGUGGAGGCGGCGGGCCCGCGCCUGCUCCGGGCCGGGGGCGUGGCGCCUGCUGCAGGCGCGGCUGCCCCCCCUGCGCUGGCUGCCCGAGUACCGCUGGAGGGCCUGGUUGCUUGGGGAUGCGGUGGCUGGAGUGACCGUGGGCAUCGUGCACGUGCCCCAGGGCAUGGCUUUUGCCCUCUUGACCUCCGUGCCCCCUGUGUUUGGCCUCUACACGUCUUUCUUUCCCAUCCUCAUCUACACCUUGUUGGGCACUGGAAGACACCUGUCCACAGGAACGUUCGCCGUCCUCAGCCUCAUGACGGGCUCCGCCGUGGAGCGGCUGGUGCCCGAGCCGCUCGGGGGGAACCUGAGCGCCAUCGAGAGGGAACAGCUGGAUGCCCAGCGGGUCGGGGCAGCUGCGGCCUUGGCCUUUGGGAGCGGGGCGCUGAUGCUGGGGAUGUUCGCGCUGCAGCUCGGCGUCCUGUCCACCUUGCUGUCCGAGCCGGUGGUCAAAGCGCUGACCAGCGGGGCGGCGCUGCACGUGCUGGUGUCCCAGCUGCCCAGCCUCGUGGGGCUGCGCCUCCCGCGCCAGAUCGGCUGCUUCGCCCUCUUCAAGACGCUGGCCGCUGUGCUGACCGCGCUGCCCCAGAGCAGCCCGGCCGAGCUGACCAUCUCCGCACUCAGCCUGGCGCUGCUCGUGCCCGUCAAGGAAUUGAACGUGAGGUUCCGAGACAGGCUGCCCACCCCGAUCCCGGGGGAGAUCGUCAUGGUGCUUCUGGCCUCUGCGCUCUGCUUCGCCUCGUCCCUGGACACCAGAUAUGAUGUCCAGAUUGUGGGGCUGCUGCCUGGAGGAUUCCCCCAGCCCCUCCUCCCCAACCUGUCCGAGCUGCCGAGGAUUCUGGGUGACUCGCUGCCCAUCGCGCUGGUUACCUUUGCUGUGUCCGCCUCCCUGGCCUCCAUCUACGCAGACAAGUACAGCUACACUAUUGACGCCAACCAGGAACUCCUGGCUCAUGGGGCCUCCAACCUCAUCUCCUCGCUGUUCUCUUGCUUUCCCAACUCGGCCACAUUGGCCACCACCAGCCUGCUAGUGGAUGCUGGUGGGAACACCCAGCUGGCAGGCCUCUUCUCCUGCGCCGUUGUCCUGUCAGUGCUGCUGUGGCUGGGACCCUUCUUCUACUACCUGCCCAAGGCUGUCCUGGCCUGCAUCAACAUCUCCAGCAUGCGCCAGAUGUUCUUCCAGAUGCAGGAACUUCCACAGCUAUGGCGCAUCAGCCGCAUGGAUUUUGUGGUGUGGAUGGUGACGUGGGUGUCCGUCGUGGCCCUGAGCGUGGACCUGGGCCUGGCCGUUGGGGUGGUCUUCUCCAUGAUGACUGUGGUCUGCCGCACCCAGAGGGUGCAGUGCGUGGCCCUUGGACUAGCUGAGGGGACGGAGCUCUACCGGCCGCUCAGAGAGAGCCACAAGCUCCUCCAGGUCCCAGGGCUGUGCAUCCUGAGCUACCCAGCACCUCUCUACUUUGGGACCCGGGGGCAGUUUCGGCACCACCUAGAGGGGCACCUGGGGCUUGGCAGAGGCAAGGAGACUCCACGGACAGGCGGCCCCCCUGCUGCAGUUGCUGAGCCUGUCAGAGUGGUGGUCCUAGACUGCAGUGGUGUCACCUUCGCCGACGCUGCUGGGGCCAGAGAAGUGGUGCAGCUGGCCAGCAGAUGCCAAGAUGCUGGGAUCCACCUUCUCCUGGCUCAGUGUAAUGCCUCAGUGCUCAGGACCCUGACCCAGGCGGGACUCCUGGACAGAGUGACCCCGGAGCAGCUGUUUGUGAGUGUCCAGGAUGCAGCUGCUCAUGCCCUGGAGAGACUGGAGCUCACGGGUCCGAAGACUUGCACAGUAUGGCUCUGACCGGGCCACUUGGAGUAUGGAAGGCCCAACAAUAUGCGUGCGAGGGCCUUGGCCCUUAAGCCCCCUUACUUGAUGUAACUAAUGAAAUAAAGCUGAGAGCCUCUGGGAUUCAUG